CCUGCAAAAAGUAAAUAUCGUGGAGACAAGGCGUUACAAUUUAUAAUUUAUUACCAGUGCCAAAUUAAGUCUGUGCUUUUAUUUCGAUGACAUGACUUUAAUCAUUUUGUAUUAUUUUCAUCCCGUUCAUGUGAUUUGUAGGUAAUGAUAAGCACCAACAUCGCCAAAGAACUCAAGGCUUCUUUCAGGAGUCCUGAUGUUGUUAGGUUAUCUGAGAAUGAAGAUAAGCUGAAGAAUACAGAAAAGGGUGGUGGAGACAAGGUAAAAUCAUUCUUUGUCACUGAUUCAGCUAACAGGAAUCAAUCUCGUUCAACCUCAAGAGAUAAGUCCGAAAAUAGGACCAAAAACCGCAGAAACAAGGAUGAGUACCGUCAAGUUCACAACCACACCAGCAGUUACAAAAGUGGAUUCAAAGGCAAAAACAGCGCUUCAAGGAAAACCGAAGACUUUUCAACCCGCAAAUUUCAAGAGUCAACCCCGAAAAAUAAGAUUUAUAAUGGGUCUUACUCCAAAUAUCCAAAUGACGCUGAAAGCAGAUCAAGACCAGAUCAAAGCUUUGUGGUAUCAUUACCAGAAGAUUCUCGAAUCUCCACCUUACUACGCAAAAUGGCAAGAGAAGAUGACGAUGGAGCUUUGUGCAACUACUGUUUACAAAUACAGGAAGCGUUCACACUACCAGACAAUAGUCGCUACAUCCGACGAGCUCAAGAUCUAAUUUGUGAAUCAAUCCUAGGAAUGCUGCACAAUAUGAGAGGAAAAGAGUCUAAAAUUCUCCUCAUAAAAUCUCUUGGAUGUCUGGGUCAUGCAUUAGAUCAAGAUUUUAAAAGUUUCAUGGACUGGAUUUUUGCUAAGUACAAAUCAGAAUCAUCAAAUGACAUUAAAAUUUCUCUUAUGAAAGUUUUGUCUGAGGUGUUGAAUUAUGAUGUGGCUAAACCAAGAUUGAAAGAUUUUGCAUCGUUAUUGAUGUUAAAUCUACAAAAGGAGUUAGAAGUCAUUGAUCAGGCAGACCUUUUGAUUCCAACAACAGAAGUUGUGUUAACUUUGCUUGAUUACUACACAGAGUCAUCUCAAAAAUACCUCAGGGAUUUGCUAGAUAUUUUAGUUGGUUGGCAUAUUGACAUAACGCAGCCAGGACGUGUAAUAUGGUUUGUCUCAGAUGCACUUCAGAGAUUGGCUAGAUUGUGGAUUGCUGACAUGGGUUUUACUUUGUCUGUAAUGUCGCAAUUCUUAGACGAUAUGCAGUGUUACACAGAAGAUCUUGCAUCUAUUGCGAACUGCAAAGAAAACGAGAAAGAUUCAAGAGAGACCCUUCAGUCUGCUCAGGAAGCAGUCUCUAAACUGACCCUGUUUCUUAAAGUAUUUAACACAAUGGUCAAAGCUUUGGGCCAACACUUGAACCCAUCAGUAUAUCAGCAUGUCUCAUGGACAUUCCUGAGUGACUCCUUAUCGAAGAUUUUGUCAAACGUUUUAGAGGCCCUCCAGCACACAGAAGACCAGGAAUUAAUAAUCACAGUUAAUGAAAGCGUUUGGCUAUUACUAUCUGUGAUGCAAUCCAAAACUUGUGCCGCCCAUGAAAUGUUACACCAGCUAAUUGACUAUGAACUGGACCAUUCGAAAUCCUUCAGAGCUCUUACAUUAGCCUCAAUGUUACAACUUAUCGCCAAAAUCAUCAAAGAGGUAGGAGCCAACUUAUCUUUGGACUUAGUUGACAAACUUCUCGGGCCGAAGUCUGUAAUUUUGAAGUUUCGGUUUUCUGAGUCUACCCGUGUUCACAACGGUAUAACCACUGUCUUCCAGAGUCUUCUUAAUUUAAAGAAUAUUCCAUUACUUCAGGGAGUGUACAGUUAUGUGAUCCAAGAUCUUAAACUAGCCUACGAAAUCCUUACCGCUUCCAAUGAAACCUCUUCGGAGUCCAAAGAGCCUAAGUUGUAUUCCAAGAAGGAUGCUGAAAUUGUCAUCUUAUUUCACCUGAAAGGACUUUGUCACUUAGCAAAUGAAGGAACAUCGUUGAUUGGUUUGUGGAUGCUACAGCCAAGUAUUUUGGAACUGAUGGCUAUCAAACUGUUCGCAGCAUCUGAACAUGUACCUCCGUCAGUUCAGUAUGCUCACAUCUACCUCUUGUACUCUCACUGUUCCAAAUAUAGUCAUUUUGUCACAAGCAGCGGUCUCCUCAUAGCACAAGGGCGUUUAAACGUGUCAGAAAUGCUUGGACUCUCUAGUGCAGCUUGUGAUGGCAUCAGCACCAUUUCACCUACAACUGGACAUCUUUCCAUUAUCCUCACUGUCCUAGGAAAAUAUGUUGUUUCGGAUUUACAGUUUGAGUGUAAACUCCUUGUCCUCAAUUGGUGCUCAGAAUUGCUGUCCGUCGCAAGAAUGUACCUCAAUGUAUUAUCCUCUACAUCAGAAAUGUUAACCUUGGUUAAAGCGCUCAUCAAAGAAGGUACAAACUCCAACAGGAGCUCUCUGUUGUGCUGUAUUUCCGUCAGUCUGGAGUUGCUGUUCCUUCCUCCGAACACUCAAUGUUGGCCUCUACCCAUUUUAUUGAAGACUCUUGAGCUAUGUGUCCUUCAUAUCAAUUCAUCUGACAAAGUGGUCUGUGAACAAUAUUCCAACCUCCUGUUAAAAAUUCCCUGGAAUCUGGCUCUACUUCAUUUGAAAUCAAUGGCGCAGAACCACAACUCUUCCUAUUGGAGAGUUUUAAGCAUCCAGAGAAUGCAAUUCAUGCGUGGUACCAAUGGUGAAUUGCGUGGUACAAGUGGAGAACUACGGGGCACCAAUACUGAACUGCAAGGAAAAAAUGGUGAACUAACCAGUCACCAUUUUAAAACAUUCAUGGCAUAUCUGUUACAUGGUCAAAAGCAGACCACUUAUGAUACGGAUGAAAUGUGGCUCACGGACAUGUUCUCAACCUGUUAUGAUCCCAAUGCUGAUGCAAAACCCGAUUACUACAAUUUAGUUAUGAACAACAGCUCUGCUCUGUUACGCUGGGUUGUCUGGUCAUCAGCACAAGUUUGCAUCUCUAACCGGCUUAAAACUCCACUAGGCAGACCUCUUGACACUUUAAUGGCCAUAGAAGGUGCUAUCAAGGGCCUAGCUCGAGAAACCAUCUCUUCCAGCAAACAAUCCGAAGGGGACCUUCGUCGUGCCAGACUCUUAAUAGAAUUCCUCGAACACCUCGAAAAAGGCGUCUACAAUGCUGCUCAAGGAACUGCAUCGGCAAUGCUUAGCCCUCAUAAACUGGUUCGCAACUUUUUUGACACAAACAAGAACACUUGUGAGGAAUGGUUGACACGCAACCGAAUGGCCUUAAUGGGUGUCUCUUUACAUGCAGGCAUCGCUGCAGCCACAAUCAGACACGGCUUUUGUCACCUUCAAGACCUCUUGGACGCAGGAAAUUCUCAGACAACUGAGUUUCAAAAUGCUGCACUGCAUGUUGCAUGGGCAUUCAGCAGGCUAAAGGAGCCAGAUGCAAUUCAAGGGCUCUUCGUCUGGUGUAGGGAUGUUGCCGGCGUGCAGCUGCCAUUCUUGGAGUCACUCACCUCGCAAGCUGCUUCCAAGUAUGAAGCCUCAAUCGAAAGUUAUAAGAAGUUGCAAAUAUUAGACAGUGUGGAAGAAACUAGCGAGGGAAAAUCUCAUGCUCAUGUUCUACCAGUGAAAAAGUUUGUCGCUGAUCAGUUGACAGAAUGUUAUGUGGCAUUGCAUGACUGGAGUGAGUUGGGUAAGUGGAUGGAAGUAGAGAAGACGUAUUGGAAUACGGACAAUGAUGCUGCACUGACAAUGAGACAUCAGAUUCUUGGAUCAAAUGAUGUCAAAAUAAUGGAUUUGUAUGCCAGCGGUGAGCUCGAAGCAGCCAAUGAUUUAUUGUCAUGGCCUGAUGAGAAAAUAAAUCUUUCUAGUAAUAGCUGGAUCUGCUUCCAAAAAAUGAAGGCUGCAAAAAUGACUUUAAUGACAAUCGGUGUUAAUUUGGCUGUUGGAAAACUUGAAUCAAAUGUGGAUGAUAUGAUUCACAAGCAGUUACAAGUUACACAGGAGCUGGUCUCAGAAGGGCUCCGCAGUUCCUUGUCCGAGAUUGCUGAAGAAGCAGCCAUUUUGUUCCGUGCUGCAUCAGCGUUGAAGGAAAAAUCCAGCUCUGCCUUUGUAAGCCAUCUCCUUCAAUUGGGAGAUAAAGAUGUACCCUCUAGUCUAUUGAGUGAAAUUCUUUGGUGGACUCAAGUUUUGGUAAAAAUUGAGGGGGCCGAAAAUUCAAAGAUUACAGACACGUAUGUAUCGAAUUUGCGACAAGAAAUAUGCCGAAAAGCACGGAAAGAAGGAAAUUUCAUGCUCGCCAAAAGACAACUAAUUAAUCAACUAGAUCAUGUUUUGGAGACAAAUAUCAGCCCUAGCCUGAAGAUGGAUAAAAAACUUGAGUCAUCAAACCUUGAGCAAGUUGCAAAUGAAUUUUUAAAAUUGACAGCUGAAUCAGAAAGCAAUUGGUCUCUACCAAAACUCAAAGCAAUGACUGAGUUGUCUAAGCUGGCAUAUUGUCAUGGAACAAAAGAGACUGCCCUGGAAGUUUACUCUAAAACAGCUGCGUCAAUAGCUCAAAGCAAAGCAAGUGUAGACAGUUCGAUCAAAGAGGGCUUCUCUCGAACGCUCCUCACUCUUUCAAAGUGGAUUUGUGUCAACAAUGACUUAUCAAAAAAGAGCUCUGACGUAAUUAGUGAAUUACUCCAGUUGAGCGAAGACUCCAUCGUAAAGCUUGAAAACGUCUCAGGAUCAGCCAUAGCGGAUCUUAUCAAGUGCAAUUUGUCAGAAAAUAAAACCAUCAUUCCAGAAAGUGAAGUUAUGGCAGGGCGUCUUAUGCGCCUGUCGGCCCUUCACUGUCCGUCUCUCCGAAAAGCUUGGCACCAGUUUGCUGGCUGGAGCUACAGAUGGGGCAGAAGAGUACUUGAUCAGCAGGAUAAUGUUCUUAAUGCUGAGGACAAGGCAUUAGUCAAUCAAAUGGUUCCCUCAGAUAGUGACAGAGAGAAAAUUUUGAACAUUUUAACUGUUACCACUUUGACCAAUGAUGAAGAAAUAGAUGUGGAAGACAUCCACACAACAGAAAUGAUCGAAUGGCAGCUACAAAAUAUUGUUCCUUUCUCAAAAGAACAACUAAAAAUUCUUGUUGAAAUCUGGCGCAAGUCUCAUGUAAGAGUCUACAGCUACUAUGAACUGUCAGCUAACGCUUAUUUUAAGUAUCUAGAACUUUGUGAUGCUCCACAUCCGGAAAAGGAAGAUGAUGAUAAAACUGGUUCAGGGAUCAUUACAGCUACUCUGCGAUUACUCCGGCUUAUCGUUAAACAUGCUCUAGAGCUUCAGAAUGUUCUCGAAGUUGGCUUGAACUGCACUCCAACUUCUCCGUGGAAGAACAUUAUCCCGCAGCUGUUUUCAAGACUUAAUCACCCUGAGCCAUAUGUACGCCGCUGUGUUUCAGAGCUUCUUUGUAGACUAGCUGUCGAUUCUCCACACCUUAUAACAUUUCCAGCUGUGGUUGGGGCUUGCACAAACAAACAUAUUUCAUCUGUCAAAUUAUUCAACACCUGUCUGCCGCGUAAAGAACAGUAUGAUGAUUUGGAAAUUCUAGAAGAUGAAGAAGAAGACGAUGAAGAUGCUAAUGCCAGUGGUGAAGAAAAUCAAACGGAGUCGGAUCUUGAAAGCUGUUUCCUAGCAAUGGUUGACACUCUGGCUAAACAGGCACCUGAAGCUAUAGCUCAAGUUCAAUUAUUGGUGAAAGAGUUGCGACGUAUCACACUUUUAUGGGAUGAACUGUGGCUAGGUACCCUCCAGCAGCAUCACAGUGAAAUGUCAAGGCGAGUGGCUCAACUUGAGGCUGAAAUCAAACGUGUUGACUCCAACCCUCAACUAACCGAUCAAGAGAAAGACUAUCUAGUUAGCGAGAAAUACAGGAUUAUCACUCGACCUCUCCUCUUCAUUUUAGAGCAGCUCCACACGAUCAUUUCUGUUGCACCAGAAACGCCUCACGAAACCUGGUUCCAAGAUAAAUAUUCGGCAUGCAUUAAUCAAACUUUGGAAAAAUUGCGUAAUCCAGAAGAUCCACGAAAACCUCAAGAAGCCUGGCUAUCAUUGAAACAGUUGCAAGCCAGCCUUCAGCAGCGAGCAACAAAGCGCACAGCCAUGAUGUUGAAAAUGAGUGAGAUCAGCCCAUGUCUAUAUGAACUUCAGAAUACUCAAAUAGCAAUGCCAGGGGUGGGCCGAGUUGUAACAAUUGCCGGUAUCAAAGAUCAAGUGGCAAUUCUACCUACCAAAACAAAACCUAAGAAGCUUGUCUUCCGAGGCUCAGAUGGGAAACCAUACACAUACUUAUUCAAAGGACUUGAAGACCUGCACCUUGAUGAAAGAAUCAUGCAGUUCCUAAGUAUUUCAAACACUAUGUUGUCAGGCUCAAAUUACAGAGCGCGACAUUAUUCAGUCAUUCCUCUUGGACCUCGUAGUGGUCUAAUCAGUUGGGUGGAUAACGUCACACCUCUUUUUGCUUUGUAUAAACGGUGGCAGCAACGAGAAGCAGCCUCAAAACAGAGUAAUGUCGUUAGGCCAGCUGAGUUGUUUUAUGCCAAACUCACACCACUCUUGGAAGAAAAAGGUAUCACAAACAUGGAUAAUCGUAAAGACUGGCCACUGCCCGUAUUAAAACAGGUGUUGACAGAGCUCAUGGCCGAGACGCCCAACUAUUUGCUGUUCAAGGAGCUAUGGUGCAUGAGCCUGGAUGCUGGAAGCUGGUGGAAAACAACAAAAACUUAUUCACGCUCAUUAGCGGUCAUGUCAAUUAUUGGAUAUAUUCUAGGCCUUGGUGAUCGCCAUUUAGAUAAUGUUCUGGUUGAUUUGGUCACAGGGGAAGUUGUGCAUAUCGAUUAUAAUGUUUGCUUCGAGAAAGGAAAAACGCUCAGAGUCCCAGAGAAAGUUCCAUUCAGACUAACGCCAAAUUUAAGGACUGCCCUCGGAGCAACUGGAGUUGAUGGAAUAUUUAGGUUAUCUUGUGAGCACGUUUUGCGAGUCAUGAAAAAAGGUCGGGAAACUCUCUUGACCUUGUUAGAAGCAUUUGUUUAUGAUCCAUUGAUUGAUUGGACCCUUGGCAAUGAAACUGGAUUUACAGGUGCUGUCUAUGGUGGUGGGAAAACAUUAAACCUAGAAAUGCAGCAGAAGAGACAGCAACUGGAACGAGAGGUGACUUGUUCUAUGCUCACUGUUCGAGUUGCUGAAAUGAGAUUCGAAUGCCAGGCUAGCAGGGAUAAACUCAUGCAAGAGUUAAAGAAUCUGCAAGCUUGUAUUGAAGAGUGGUUGGAAGAGACAAGAAAGCUAGAAAAAGGAGAAGAGCGGUUAGCUGAACAGCACGAGCAGCUUGCCCUAGUGAAGGAGGCUGAGGCCUGUCCUCAACACUCUCUCUUCUCACUUCCUGCACGAUAUUCUUCGCACCAGGCAGCUACAUCAGCUAUGGAGAAAGUGAGAACGUUAUUGAAUGAGAAAGUCAUCGACUGUGAUCGCCACCUAGCGCAGUACUCUGCUGCUCUUAGCUGCAUCAGUGGUCCACAGUUGUCUCAAUGGUUGACAGAGGUCAAUGCCCGCACAAAAGUAAAUGAUGAUCAGAUUUUUGACCUGGUCAGUGAAUUUCUUCAGACUUCCGGUCAAGCUGCCCUGCUCUCGCAGUGUCUACAGCUGGAAAGUGACGUAUGUGAAGUGCGUUGUGAGCAGACAAAACUGACUUCAUCUUGUUUAGAGCUCUUACACCGUUAUAGCACGAUAAUAAGACUCCAUCCAACUGCCAGACUAGAUCACCAUCGAGCAACCUGCUACCGUCGUUGGGCCUCAGCCAUUAUUCAACAUAUGUCUCCACAAAUAAUUGCAGAGGUGAAUUUGGAAUUCAAAACCCUUUUCAAUUCACCAGACACCAACACCCUAAUCUCUCAACAAGCUCUUGCGUAUUCAAUAGGCCUCCAGAAUACGCUUCAUGAUGCGCAAGCGCGCCUGACCAAAACAUAUGAGCGUUCCAAGAGUUUUCCAGCGGCAGAUGUGGAACUUGUUUUGACUGAAGCUGAUAAAGGCAUCUUAAAAGCAAGAGAUAGGUGUCCACUUGCCCUGGAGUGUGUCAUAAUUACCACACUCUGUAAUUUGAACAAACGAUUUCUAAUGAUGGAAGCUGCAGCUGCAAGUGCUGGGGACUGUCUCUUGGAUUUAACUUCUCGUGACGGAGACUGGUUCCUUGAUGAUUUGUGCUGGACUGCAAGCUCAGCAGUCAAAUUGAUAUCUUACUUCCCGCCACCAAAGUCUGAAAGCUCCACCGAAGCUGAUUUUCAGUCAACCUUGAAAUGCCUUCACUGGGCGCAUAAAAUUUUCCGAAUUCUCCAAGAGCUCCUCGUCAAUGUUGAGUCAAUUAUUUUACCGGAAUGUUUGCGGACAGUCUUGGUCGGAGAAAAUAGUGUACUAGCCAUGGUUGCCCAGUUGAGUCAUAUCACUAACUCCACACCUGUCCCUCUCUCGGAAUUGCUGCAUCAGUUGGGUCUUCACCUUCGAUUUGUCGUCAUGGGAAUGCCGUCCCCGCACAGCAAUGCCCUUCAAGUCGUGAAAGAUUUACGGGAACAGUUCAAAGCAUUAACAAAAGUUAAAGAGGCGGAAGACUCCCUCUCUCAAGGUCAGAUGCUUCUGAUGGCGUUCAACGGUCUUUUUGAAAAUCUUUACAUCGAAACGUCUCAGCUUUUUACUGCUCUUGGAACUUUGCAAGUGCCAUCUGUUUGGAAAAUUGUCGACCAAAUUCGUGAAGCCAAAACUUUUGCUGCACCUGUCUGGGAAGUGGAAUUCCGGGAGGUGCUAAAUGACAUGUUCUUGUUAAAACGACUUCAAACAAUGCAAGACUUCUUCUCACUUUGCACAAUCAUGGGAGCUGGUUUCAUUGGUGGGGCUGGUGCACCAACAUCGUUCUACAGUGAUGAUAUCUUGUGCAAACCGGUUCGACGAUUCAUUGCUGAUUUCCUUGAACGCAACUUGCUCGGAGUAUUUUCUCACACUCUAGCUGUCACAAUUUGUCUGCUCUUGCAGCGCAGCGGUCUAAAUGUAACAAGUGAAGUUGAACAGAGAGAUAUUGGAGCCCAGAACAAAGUACCCCUAGAGGAGUUGUGUCAUAAGAAUGUAGAGCAGAGCUUGCGACAAGGGUCACUAAAUUCUUCUGCUUUAGCUCAAGCGUCAUCACUAGUGAGCCAUUGCGAGAAUGCUUGGCGACGCCUAGAGAUAGCUCAGCGACUCACUCAAGACAUCGAAGUGAGCAACAACACAGUGCACCGGUUACAGCUACAAUUCACAGCACAUUAUUGGCUCCAUGAGGAUCUUCUCACUAUUCAUAGUCUUCCAGGUCCUCCCUUAAGUCGAGCCCAUUUAAUGCUUGAUCUCAGGAAAACCUCGUCGGCACUGCUAGCUCUGCAAGUGAAACUUGGAGAAGUCCGAGAACAACAGUCUAACUUGAUAACAACUGUUGAGCAACGUCUGAAGUGGGCUGUAGGAGCUAAUCCUGCCUUGACAGAUAUUCUGAGUGCUUUUGAAACAAAUGUGUUAACUGAAAGCGAGCGAAUUGGAUCAGAGCAGCGACUGGCAGCUGCUGUUGCAGGCCUGUGCUCAACAUUCCUGCACCAUGAGGCUCUACGCACAAGAACUAAAGAAGCCCUAGCCAAUGAUGCUGCUUUCAUGGAGUUGAUUGAAAAAUGUGAUCAUGCAAUUUAUCUCUCUAUCAACACCCAUGGUUCCUUGACACCCUUAGAGGAAGGAUUAGUGAAACUCAUUCCUCCUGGAGAAGUUAUUGACUGGUCAUGGUUGAAAAAAGCAGAAACAUUAAUAUCAGGAUGCACACUAGAAGUGUUACAUUCAAUUGAACCACUCCAGUUGGCUGUGUUUGAAGCGCACAAUAAAGUUAAGAUUUGUGUUCAGAAUUUACGAAGACUGACCGUCUCACAGCUUAGAAUCAUGGCUGAUAUUCGCUCUCUGCUCAAAACCUUCCUGAAAAUGGAGGAAAAUAGUUUCUCAAGUCUGCAAGAAUAUCUUGGUCACUACAAACUAUACCAUGAGCAACUAGCAAACUUGAUAAAAGAACUUCUUCCAGACACUUUCUCUGCCUCAAUGGCUCGUGACGCUAUCAUUAAAAUAUCAGCCAUAGUAGAGUUAACUCCAUUAAUCUAUGAUGAACUAUUGAAUUUGUCCUUGGAUAAAAGUGUAGAACUGAAGCAAAAAAGACCACCUCUUUUGAGGCAAGAGCCAGUUUGUAUGUCUCCGAAGAAAGGAGUGCCCGCAGGAUUAUCUACUCCUAAAGGGCGUCGACGUGGUGUCAUGCAAGAACGUAACUCAUAUGCUAUGUCAGUUUGGCGGCGAGUGCGCCUAAAAUUGGAAGGACGCGACCCAGAUCCUACCAGGAAGUUGACUGUUCAGGAAUCGGUUGACUGGGUCAUAGGUGAAGCAACAAAUAUUAACAACUUAGCUUUACUAUAUGAAGGAUGGACACCGUGGGUGUGAAAUAACAACCAACAAGACGAGUGGAUAAGCACUCAAGGGAAAGUAUUUUGAUUUUAUCUCCGCAGUUUUGACGGAGCUCCACGGCAGGUCGUCCGCGGCCUCGAGAGGAGGUCAUUGGGGAAGUUUUUAAAUCUUGGAAUCAACCGCGACCGGGAACAUGCAAUGAGUAUAAUCUUACUCUUGUGUAAGACGUCUUGCUCUUGCAGAUUUUCUUGGUACCAACGCAACAGGUACCAUUGUACUGGAAUUUCCCAUAUUUUGAUUCCUAUGAUAAAUUAUUUUUAAGAGAUCUGUUUUUUAAGGAUGGAAGUUUUGUUUAAGUUCAUAGUUGUCGAGAAUCAACUUUUGAAAUCAAGGUGGCCUUGAUGUAACACCGAUGGUAUCCUUGCUCUUUUUAUCUUUUCUUUUUCCUUUUUCCUCUCCUUUCUCUUCAUUUGCUUUAUUUACCAGGGCUCAAUUUUUAUUUUACCUUUCUCCAGUCCUUAAGUUCAAAAAAUGUGAGAAAGUGACUCAUAUGCUCCUUUUUUCCUUUUAAUGUGGAAUAGUAAUUUCCUUGUUCAUUUCUUUAAUUUCAAGAAAGAUACUUAUUUCUUUAAGUUUCCUCUCCUACUGUUGUUUCCUUUUUUCUCAUUCUCCUCUCUCAUAUCUUUUCAAUUGUUGUAUAAUCAAGUGGAAGCAUUGAUAAAUUGAAUUUGUUACUCCUCUCCUUUCCGUUUUAUAGUAACUUAUUCUGAGGAGACUAACUUGAGACAGUGGAUCAUUUUUUGAAAAUUUGAUGUCUGUUUUUUUCUGAUGUUGUGGAGAAAUUAAAAACUUGAUAGCUUCAAAAUCUUAAGGAAUAAUUGGCCAAGGAAAGAUGCAGAACAUAAAUUUGUUAAAACAAGUUUCAUGUUGCAUAUUGAGAAACUGUGAACAGAAAGGUCUAUUCCGUUGAAAUGCAGUAAGUUUUUGUGUCUUGACAUUCUCUCUUUUUUUCUGAAUUAAUCACAACAUGUUAACAUCAUUUAAAAUGUUUCAUAAAUUAAUAUCUUUGACAUUGCUUAGACAGUGAAUAAAUCCUUUACUCACAGUCGUGUCUUCAUUCUCUAUGCAUAUUCCUUUAAGGGAAAUGCAUAAUAAUGUCGUCCUCAGGCCCUCUGAGUUCAAGGAGUGAACAUCACACUGUCUCCAAUUAAAAAUUUUCACAGAGUAUAUAUUCUUCCAAAUCCUACCAAUUAUUUAAAGUUAUUCUCAUUAAUACUGCAACAGAAAACUAAAAGAAACUUUCUAAAUUUUAUCUCUUGAUAAAAUUAAUUUUCUUAUGAUAUCCUUGUCCAAUGUCCAUGCUUUAUCUGGUCAAAGGCCAGCCAAAAGUAUGUAUUUUGCCUCAGUGUUUCACUUCCUUUUUUUUCGCUGAUUUUAGACAAUGAUCUGUUCUUACUUACCUGAACUCCUCUUACACUGAUAAUACUAAUUUAAGGUUUUCAUUGAAAAAAUCGUCUUUCUCCUAUGACGGUUUGUGACCCGUAUGAUUGCCAUCUUUAUCAAUGUUUUUAAAUAAUUUUUUCUCUCCAUAGUCUAGCUUUCAAAAAUUGUUUUCUAAGGAGUACAGCCUCUCGUCAUUUUUUGUUUUCUCUUUUCUUCAAAAAAUUGAAAGAAAAGUUAAGAUUCAUCUCUCCUCCCUAUCUAUCAUUUGACCUUCAUUGAAUUUUGUCUUUCACGUGAAUGAGAUGCUUUCUCACUAACAUAAUUUUGUUCGUCAGCCUUUCAAAAAUGCUUCCAUUUCAUUCUAUUAUCGUUGAAGUUUCUCAUUUGUACCAUUUUUUGUCCGCAUCAUUUGUAUUUGUCCACCAUUCAUUGUCAUAAAAAAAAAUUUACAUACCGCGCUUUCUUGAACGGAUGAUACUUUUUACAGAGGAGGAUCUGUCAUCCAAAGGAUGAAGAACAAAACAUUACCUACUUCAUGAUUUAUCAUGAUUUUAUCAACCCUUUUUGUGCCAAAAACAUGUAUACCGAAUAGAAUAAUUCUCCUAUGAAAUUAUCCGAAUAUCAUUGCCGCAACCUUUCUUCAGAAGCUCGUGUCAAGUUUUUAUUAAUAUUUAAGAAGUAUCUUAAUAACUGCUUAAAGAGUUCCAGCGCUUGAAUUUUUAGGAGAGAUGAAGCUUUUAUUCAAGUCAAAUCUGAAAAAUGUGUUAACUGUAAAGGUCUUCUGAUUAAAAUCAAAUAUCAUUGCUCAGAUGAUGCAAUUUUGUCAUUAAAAGAAUAAUAAUAAUAAUACUGUUACCAUCCCUCCAUUUGGAAAAAAUUUAAUUUUUCUGUCAUUGUUUAUUGUUCAAACCAAGGAAGGUUUUUAUUUUUUCAAGUGUCACCAUCCCUCCAUUAGGGAAAAAUCUAAUUUUUCCGUCAUUGUUUAUUGUUCAAAUCAAGGAAGGUUUUUAUUUUUUCAAGUGUCCUUUUCAUCAUGUUCUUUUGGAACGAUAAGUAGAUUUUGCGGUCAUUUUGUUUUGUAUAAGAAGUGUCCUAUCAAUUCUCAUCAUUUGAACUGACUAACUAGUGCUGCUUAAGACAUUUUCAAAGACAAUAGUGUAAUGGGACAUCGCACAGCUAAAGAAGUAGCAACUAAGUUUUCAGUUGUAAUACUAACAUAUUGUAGAAAGAUUCAUGGCUCAUGCAGCAGUAUCCAAUUAAUUAGCUCAUUUGUUGCACAAACGAAACUUUGUCUGUCGUCCUUACUUUAUUAACAGAAUGGAGAAGGCAUUUUGAAUUUACAUUUGAAUUACAUGUGAAAUUUGCUUGCCAUCUCUUCUUAGUUCUGUUCAUCCAACAGUCACAGUUAUGUCAAACAAAUUCUAAAGAACAUACUCCGAUCCCAUUAGUCUGUUCUUAUUAUUAUAGAUCUUUUCUUCCUACCCCUUCCUUUUUAUAAUUUCUCAUCUCUUGUCUUUACUUUGAAAGAAAGGAAAAUAUAUGUUAUAAUUCUUGCAUUCAA